AUGGCCUCAAUGUAUCGAACCGCCCUAGGAACUCUGUUCUUGUCUGCUGUCGCUUUCCCAGCCGUGUACCAGCCUCUCCUCACGCCUUUGUGGCAAUGGCUGAUACAGAACCCACUGUACCGUCUUUCGACCUUCGAGACAAUUUGGACCGUCUUUCUAUAUGCAGUGAUCGAAGUUUCGAUGACAGUCGUCUUCAUGCGAAACCCGCGAUGGAGGUUUGCAGUGCAGGCGAAGAAACACCAGGGAGAUGCGGUGAAGAAACCACACGGCAUGCGACGACCUUCCCGGCGAUGGGGCGAGGCUGUUACAUACAUGACGCCGCUACUACUUAUGGACCUGACCAUGAUCAAGAAAUUCGCUGACGUGCCGCUCACGGCGAUGCUUGAGUCGGGCAACUAUCACGCUGCAGCCGCUGCAAUCGCUGCGAACAACUCCACGUCAACGUAUAGCAGUACCUUUCUUGUGCCGACACUGCACAACAUGACGAUGUCUUCGCCGCUGCAAACACAACGAGCUCUACCAGAGCUCCCUCCUUCGAGUCGACGAGCCGCCCUCGAGCUUGCCGCGAGCUUCUUCCUCUACGAUGCCCUCUUCUUCCUCUUCCACUUCUCGCUCCACGUUAUACCCGUAGUCAAGCAGUGGCACGCUCCGCAUCAUCGACACGCCGAGAUACACCCCCAAAUCACGAACCAGCUGCACAUCUUCGAGCGUCUGGGCUUGGUGCUGCUGGCCAACUUCAGCUUAAAUAUAAUCAAGAGCCAUGUCUUCACACGGACGUUAUUUGUGCCUAUAUUCGUCUGGCUGCUAGUCGAGCUGCAUUCGGGACUCGACCUACCAUGGGGGUACGAGAAGAUACUACCCAACGGUUGGGGUGGUGGUGCGCGGAAGCACAGUCUUCAUCAUGCACGAGGCGGUGGGGGCUACGAGCCAUACUUUACUUGGUGGGAUAUUCUUCUGGACCGAGUGGGACAUAGUCCAAAAGAACAUGUCGAAUGA